GCUGGAUGUUCACACCGCAGACUGAUGGAAUCAGCUCCUCUGGGAACAUCAUAAAGACAAACAGACACGACAACGUAUUUCAUACAGUGGCAGACUCCUCGGUGGCAGUGCCGGUGUCGUGUGCGGCCUUGUUUCCCAUGGACCUCAGGGUGGGAGAGCGGGGGCUGCGCCCUGGUUCGGACACGGCGCUCCUCACCCCGCUGCACCCGCCUUUACUCCUCACCCAGUUCUCCUCUCAGCCCUGCACCUCCUACUCCCAACAGCAACUGCACCAACAAAUCAGGUUUAAUGUGGAGCAGAGGAGGCGAGAGCAGGAGCACCAUGAGAAACAGCAGGAGCUGCAGCAGCUAAAACACAAAGACAAGAGUCAACAAAGUGCAGUGGCCAGUUCCCUGGUGAAACAGAAACUCCAGGAGGUGAUUCUUAAUAAACGGAAACAGGCAGCGCAAGAAAGAACAAACUCCAACACUCUGACUCCUGUAGCGUACAGAAAGCUUGGCCCAGACCCAAGUGUGUCCUCCCAGCCUCUGGUCUCAUCUCCGCCACAGCCUUCCCCUGAGGGCUCAGAGGGCACGCCGCUACGCAGAGCAGCUUCUGAGCCCAAUCUGAAGGUGAAGCACAAGCUGAAGAAACACCUGAACACCCGCAAGAGCCCGCUCACCCGCAAAGAGAGUGCCCCGCCCACUGUCAAACACAGAGUACCUGACACACUGGACUCGUCCCCCAGCAGCAGUAGCACUCCAGUCUCUGGCUGUAGCUCUCCUAAUGACAGUCUGCCCAAUGAGAAUGGGCUACUGCCAUCUGCAGGCGGCCUCUCACAUGAGGCCCAGAAGCUGCUGCUCAGAGAUGGCACUCUAGCGAACUUCACCAUCCAGAGUCCCUCCACUCUGCCCACCAUCACCCUGGGACUACCAGCCAACGCCAGGGCUGAUGGAGAGCUGUCCUCUCUGAAGGUCGGCCGGGUUCCCGUGGUUACAGCUGGGGGCUCGUCAGUCUUCCUCCCCCUGAGCAGGGAGGAUCAGGCUGGGCACCCCCACCUGCCUGUCAUCAUCCUGGAGCCCUCGGGACUGGUACACACUCCGCUACUCACUGUUCCGGGCCUGGACUCUGUCCCGCUGCAGUUCGCCUCCCAGUUAGACCACCUGUCUCCUGGAGGUCCUCAGCCCCACAAGCCCUUGAGCAGGACACGCUCUGAACCCCUUCCCCAGAGCCCAAGGAACCUUCACACACAUCUCCUCCAACAACAGCACAACACACAACUACUGGAGAGGCUCAAACAGCAGACCCACCUUGGCAAGCUGAUGUCCAAGUCCAGCGAGAAGCCCAGACUGCACCAGAUCCCCUCUGAGGACAUGGACUCAGAGGACGGUGGUGGGAUGUCGCCCACAGAGCCGACCUAUCAGAGCAGAGUGAGGUCAGAGUCACUGAGGGAGGCGGAGCCAACGGCAUCCAAGAGCCACGAAGAGCAAAUGAACCUGCAACACGCGCUCAUACUCAACCAGUCAUUGCUAUGGGAACAGCAGAAGCAGCUGCAGCAGCUGCAUCGACAGAUGGAGACCUUGGCAGUGCCCAUGUUACGAGACAGCGGCGGGGUCGGUAGCAGGUUGGGUGUCCACCGCCCCCUGUCGCGCACACAGUCGUCCCCAGCCUCCACCUCUCUCACUCUGCCUGAGAAGACCCUGAGCCUGCCCCCGCAGGAGACCAGCAGCAAACCACGCUUCACCACUGGCCUGGUGUAUGACUCUCAAAUGCUGAAGCACCAGUGUACAUGCGGAGACAACAGCAGUCACCCAGAGCAUGCUGGGAGGAUACAGAGCAUCUGGUCUAGACUACAGGAGAGAGGCCUGAGGGGACAGUGUGAGAGUAUUCGUGGGCGUAAAGCCACGCUGGAGGAGCUGCAGUCGGUCCACACAGAGCGCCAUGUGUUGCUCUACGGCACCAACCCCCUCAACAGACUCAAACUGGAUAACCGCAAACUGGCUGGAAUCCUCUCUCAGAGAAUGUUUGUCAUGUUGCCAUGCGGGGGAGUAGGGGUUGAUAACGACACAAUCUGGAAUGAGUCGCACACCUCCACGGCGUCCCGAAUGGCGGCAGGCAGCGUGGUGGAGCUGGCCUUCAGAGUGGCCAAAGGAGAACUAAAGAACGGCUUUGCUGUGGUCAGACCGCCGGGGCAUCACGCAGACCCCUCCAAUCCAAUGGGCUUUUGUUACUUCAAUUCAGUGGCCAUAGCUGCCAAGCAGCUUCAACACAAGCUCAGCGUCAGCAAGGUCCUCAUUGUGGAUUGGGAUGUUCACCACGGUAACGGCACCCAGGAAGUGUUCUACAGUGACUCCAGCGUUCUCUACAUCUCGCUUCAUCGCUAUGACGACGGGAACUUCUUCCCUGGCAGUGGUUCGCCGGUGGAGGUCGGUUCUGGUGCGGGCGAGGGCUUCAACGUCAACGUGGCGUGGACGGGAGGACUGGACCCACCCAUGGGAGAUGCCGAGUACCUCGCUGCAUUCAGGUCUGUGGUGAUGCCCAUCGCCCAGGAGUUCUCCCCGGACGUCGUUCUGGUGUCGGCUGGAUUUGAUGCUGCUGAGGGAAACCCAGCUCCUCUGGGAGGGUACAAGGUCUCCGCCAAAUGUUUCAGCUUCCUGACCCGCCAGCUGAUGUCUCUAGCAGGGGGUCGUCUGGUUUUGGCGCUUGAGGGAGGUCACGACCUCACAGCUAUCUGCGACGCAUCUGAAGCCUGUGUCAGUGCACUCCUGGGCAUACAGGACCCGCUGCCUGAAGAAGUCCUGCUUCAGAAGCCCAAUGCCAACGCAGUCCGCUCCCUGCAGACGGUCAUCCAGAUACAAAGUCAGUACUGGCAGAGUGUGAAGGCUCACAGUGGGUCAGUGGGUCUGUCCUACCUGGCUGCUCAGACAAGAGACUGUGAGGAAACAGAUGCUGUCAAUGCUUUGGCCUCGCUCUCUGUGGGAGUCCUCUCCAACAAGAGCGUCCCUGAUGAGCCGAUGGAGCACGACAGCGACUCCAUGUAGAAGAAUCCGACCAAUCACCUCACAGAAACUCACCUUCAGGAGUCGGGCCGGACCUGUAGCCUCGGAUCUCUUGCGCUGUCACAUUACCAUGAAUGGGGAUGCAUUUUGUAAUGCCACUGAGCCCCACCCAUCUGCCUUAUUCACCACACAUGCACAUCCAGCGACCCACAAUGCUGAAACCUCUAACAGACCUGCCGUACGAGCACCUCAAUGCUGGUAACCACUCAGCUGGCGCCAGCAGCACUACCUGCAGCUGGGAAACCUUCUGAAACCUCACCAAAGAGCAAUACAAGAUGAUUUUUAAUAGACUUUCCAUGUCUCCUGACUGACAGUGGAUUGUGGUCCGGGCCCACAGCUCUGUGACCACAAACCUUUAUAGGAACAGACACUGACUCUUCUUGAAGCACUAUGUACCAGCAGCUGUUUUGUUGCCUUAAUUUUUUGCCUUAAAGAAAAGACCAACAUCUGGUUUCAGAAGGAGACGACUUUGGAUUAUAAAUUCUUUUUCUCUCGUGCCACAUCGCUUCAUCCAUAUCAGAGCUGAAGCCACUGUCGACCAAAUGUAUUGCAGAACGGCUGACGCAGGACGAACCUACUGUAUGACAUCAGGUGCAAGCAUGUACUGUGCAAAUGUACCUGAUGGAUGAGAUGCAAAAAGAAAAGAAAAACAAAGAAAGAAGUGGCCACAUCAAAAAAAAGAAAAGAACAUUGAGAAGAAGACACGGAGAUUGUCUGUUUUAAUGAUGUCAUUACAUGCAGUUUAACCACUAAAAGAAGACAACAAAGAACUCAAGGGAAAGAGAGAAAAUGAAGACACAAAAAGGACAACUGUGGUUUUUUUGUAGAAACAAAGAAAGGGCGAAAGUCCCUGUUGUUUAAUUGCACUGUUCAUUCCAUAAUGUGAACCAUAAGAAAUUCCAAAGCUCUGGGAAAAAAAACAACUCCUCUCUCUAGGUUAUUUAAUAGUUGUUUUUUUUUUUUUUUUUUUUUUU